UCUUGUGUGUCAAAAACAUACAACUCAGAGAGAGAGAGAGAGAGAGAGAGAGAGAGAGAGUUGAAUUAUUAGUUGAGUUCUGUUUCUUUUUCAGUUAAUUUUCUGUAGGUUCUAUUGGAGGAGUUAAAGGAAGCAAUGGAAGCAAAUCUAGAAACACUUGGGGGCUCCCUUCUUGUACCUUGUGUUCAAGAGCUGGCCAAAGAAUCAUUGACCGCAGUCCCAGCCCGGUAUAUUCGGCAAGAUCAAGACCCUCCGAUAACAUCAUAUUCUUCACUUCCCGAUGUCCCGAUAACCGACAUGGAGAAAUUGCUUUCUGGAGAUCAGAUGGAAUUGAAGAAGCUGGACUCUGCGUGCAAAGAGUGGGGAUUCUUCCAGUUAAUAAACCAUGGAGUCAGCUCUGCAUUACUGGAGAAAGUGAAGUUGGAGAUCAACGAACUCUUUAACCUCCCAAUGGAAGAAAAGAAGAAAUUCUGGCAGAAUUCAAGAGAAUUAGAAGGAUUUGGGCAGGCCUUUGUUGUUUCUGAGGAGCAGGAGCUCGAUUGGGGAGACAUGUUCGCCUUGACUACCCUUCCAACCCAUUUGAGGAAACCCCACCUUUUUCCCAAGCUCCCACUCCCCUUUAGAGAUACCUUGGACAGUUAUGCUAAUGAGUUGAAACAUCUCGCCACGAAGAUUCUUGAUAUCAUGUCCAAAGCUCUCCAAAUGAAGACAGAGGAGAUGAGAGACGUGUUUGAAGACGGGAGGCAAGUAAUGAGGAUGAAUUAUUAUCCUCCAUGCCCACAACCAGAGAAGGUCAACGGUUUCUCUCCACACUCAGAUGGAUCCAGCCUCACCAUACUCCUCCAAAUCAAUGAAAUGGAAGGUCUACAAAUCAAGAAAGACGGGAUGUGGGUUCCCGUUAAACCCCUCCCUGAAACAUUUGUGGUCAACAUUGGGAACAUUCUAGAGAUUGUCACCAAUGGAGCUUAUCGUAGCAUCGAGCAUCGAGCAGUAGUGAACUCUAGGAAGGAGAGGCUGUCAAUUGCAACAUUUUACGACCCCGGAUUUGAUGGAGAAAUUGGCCCUGCGCCUAGUUUGAUAACCCCGCAAACUCCUGCACUUUUUAGAAGAAUUGGGGUUGCUGAGUAUUUCAAAGGCUACUUCGCUCGAAAGCUUGAUGGGAAAUCAUAUCUAGAUGCCAUGAGGAUUGAAAAUCAGAGCCAGGACAGCUGAAACAUCAAUACCACUAAUGUUUUAGAGCCCAAUCAUCUUUUUUUUAUCGUAUCUACAUAUCAAGUUUGUAAGGAGUUAUAAAGAAACUCCAACACCAACCCAUUAAGCCUACUUUGAAUCUAUAUAGUGAAGAUCAUGGAUAAACCCAUAUUUAAACGUUUGACCAUUUUCGGUUUUCAAUUC